GUAUGCUGAUGUCCUAGAAUCGCGCUAAGCAGAUAGGCACAUCUUUCCUGCUCACUGUAGAGUCAAGCAGAUCGUCUCUCAGCUCUUGCGUGAUGAAAGCAUGGCGAAAUCCCGCUUCGAAUAUGUCAAAUCUUACGAGCUGCCUGAUAUCUUGUUACCCGGGACGUACAUCAUAGCGCGAGUAGAUGGACGAGGGUUCCACAAGUUCUCCGACGCCCACUCCUUCGAGAAACCUAAUGACAGACGAGCACUUAAUCUCAUGAAUCACGCGGCAGGCUGUGUCAUGGAGGAUCUGAAGGAUGUGAUUUGUGCUUUCGGUGAGAGUGAUGAGUACAGCUUUCUUAUACGAAAGUCCUCCAAGUUGUAUAACAGGAGACGGAGUAAGAUCAAUUCGACCAUCGUUUCCAUCUUCACAGCCUCUUAUGUCUUUUACUGGCCAAAGUUCUUCCCCAACACACCCCUUCAAUCACCUCCAAGUUUCGAUGGCCGAGUCGUCCUGUACCCUAGUGCCAGAGAGAUCCGAGACUACUUUGCAUGGCGUCAAGCAGACACACAUAUCAACAACCUGUACAACACUGCUUUUUGGGCUUUGAUUCAACACGGUGGUCUCAGCACGACAGAAGCGAACAAGGCUCUUCAGGGAACAGAUUCGAAGGAUAAGAAUGAGAUCCUCUAUUCCCGCUUCAACAUAAACUAUAACAACUUGGAUUCAAUCUUUCGCAAGGGGACUAUACUCGUGCGACGGCCUAUUGAGCCUCCUCAGGAACUCACUAUACCCAACGAGUCAAGCGGGGUUAAUGCCAAGCCGGUGGACGAGACUCGACCCCAGGUCAAGCCGAAACGUCAGGAACAAUACGAAGGCGUCACGGGCGAGUUGGACAUCUUGCACGAGGACAUUAUCAAAGAUGGCUUCUGGAAUGCUAGGCCAUGGCUCUUAGCUACCUAGAUGCCAAAAAAAAAAAAACCACAGCAUACAUCGCCGCAUGCCGCAUGUCCACAUGACCUCGAUCGCAGCUGCUAAUUGCUCUGUGGGGAUCUGCUGCAGCCUCGUUGCCACCCAUUUUCUGCGCCACGCCACGUGACAUUCACACUACUGCGCCUGAGACGUCAUCAAUCUCCGAAUUUCAUUUUGAUUUUCAGAAACCUGGCGACGACGAGCGGAGGGGGGGAUUGCUAUUGUCUUUCGU